CACCACCAUCCCAAACCACACCGUGCGCCUCAUCCCCCCAAAAACCUUUCGAAAGGGAAAACCGCCUGCGCCAACCGAGGAACCGCCACCCAGCCCCUCCCCUCCAAGAAACCGCGAGACACCCACGCCGCCGGCGCCCAGGAUGGUGCGGCUGAGCAACACGGUGAUCGGGAUCCUGAACGCGGUGACGUUCCUGCUGUCGGUGCCGAUCCUGGCGGGCGGCAUCUGGCUGCGGGCGCGGGCCGACGGCACCGAGUGCGAGCGCUACCUGGCGGCGCCGUUCAUCGUGCUGGGGGUCUUCCUCAUGCUCGUAUCUGUCGCGGGGCUCGUCGGCGCCUGCUGCCGCGUCACGUGCCUCCUCUGGUUCUACCUCGUCGCCAUGUUCCUGCUCAUCGUCGUCCUCCUCGGCUUCACCGUCUUCGCCUUCGUCGUCACGCACAAGGGCACCGGCGAGGCCGUCUCCGGCCGCGGAUUCAAGGAGUACAGGCUCGGGGACUACUCAACCUGGCUGCAGCGGCGGCUGGAGGACGACAAGAACUGGAACAGGAUCAAGGGCUGCCUCCAGGACGCCAAGGUCUGCAAGUCCCUCGAGGACAGGAAGGAGACGCUCGACCAGUUCAUGGCCUCCGAUCUCUCCCCCAUCCAGUCCGGCUGCUGCAAGCCUCCGAUCAGCUGCGGCUUCACCUACCAAAACAGCACGCAGUGGACCGGGCCGGCCAAGUCGACGGAGCCCGACUGCAGCGCGUGGUCCAACGACGGGGCCUUCUGCUACGGCUGUCAGUCGUGCAAGGCCGGCGUGGUGGCCACCCUCAAGCGCAACUGGAAGCGCUCCGCCAUCAUCAACAUCGUCUUCCUCGUCUUCAUCGUCAUUGUCUACUCCGUCGGCUGCUGCGCCUUCAGGAACAACCGCAGGGAUCACCGCAAUGGCGGCGGGUACAAGCAGCAGGGCGCUUACGCUUGAUCGCUUCUUGGCUCGGUUACUUAUCACUUUGAUGGAUGCGAUCGUCGUGGCAUUGUCGUUCUCGUGUGUCUCUAGGAUGGCCUGAUCUAGCUUUGUACAGGCGAGAUUAUAUAUUCUGUUCUCUGAUCAUCUACUAGUUAGGUUCUACUCUAUGAUCAGCAGGAGGGUUGUGUAUAUUUUUUCAGUUCUUUGAUACUGUGGCAGACCAUUAUAUAUGUAACAGAUUAUUAUGGAGUUAUUUAUUUCAUAUUAUAUUUA